UGGUACAGUUUCUACCCUUCAUUAUUUAUCCGUAUUCAAGAGUGUUUAUUUUUUCUAGAAAAAAAAGUUAUUUUCUAAAGGCAGAGAUUUUUUCUAAAAAUGUGUCUUUGUUUGGGUCCAGUAAAAUCUGGCAAAACUCUUUUAAUGAAACGUCUGCAAGGAGAUGCGAUUGAUGACGCAACUCAAACAAUUUCUACCAACGGACUGAAUUUUUUUCUGGUGAAAAACGAACAAGGGCAAUCAGGAAUUAUUGUCAGAGAAAUUGGUGGAAACAUGGCUCCUUUAUGGAAACAUUAUUUGGAAGGGGUACAAAAAGUUAUUUAUGUAAUGGAUGCAAGUAAUCUCUGCCAAAUAAGCGCAGUAGGAAUUUUACUAUAUUCCUUACUAGUUAAUCCAAAACUAGCCAAUGCUUCCUUCGUCCUCGUUUUAUCAAAAAUGGAUCUCUCCUAUCGUCAAAUGAGAAACGAAGCCCUUCUGGUUCUCCAUUUUGCUCGCUUAAAAAGAGAAACCCGACAAAAUAUUACCAUAAUAGAAACGAGUAGCGUCACUGGUCAAGGAAUCGAAGACCUACGAAAAUGGAUUUUACAACAAAAAAACAAAUUAUCAAUGAAAAUAAAUUCAAAACAAAAAAUCUAAUACAGGUUUUUCCUUCAAUCACUGACCGUUAUAGAGCCUUACACUAUCACUAAAAUUAUUGUUAUUGGUUUAUAAAAAAAAUUAUAUUACAAAAACUGUGAGAAACAU